UCGGUGCGUUUCGCGCGCUUUGCGUCGGUGCCGAAACAUUUAUAAGUUCGCAUCUUCCAUUUAUCUCCGGUGAACUUUUCUGUUAUUCGUGGCGAAAAAUCAAAGGAGACAGGCGCGCGAAACGCGUUAAUUAAAGAGCGACGAGUCCGAGUUGCCGAGCACGAAGUCGUUCUUUUUCGAUAUUGCUUGAAGAAGCGCAGGCUGAGAAGAAUAGAGUCGCCGAGAAGAAUAGAAGAGAAGAUGGAGGGAACGGGGAUGAUUAGCGGAGUUCCUGUGCGCCAGGAAGGCAGGAAGCUGUGGCAGUAUCUUGCCUCCAUUUCCGCCUGCUUGAUGGCGCUCAGCGUCGGCACCGCCCUGGCCUGGACGUCUCCCGUUCUGCCCCAGCUGUACGAGGAGACCUCCUGGCUGGUUAUCACCAAGGAGGAGGGCUCCUGGGUGGGCUCGCUGCUGGCCCUGGGCGCAAUCCUGGGCGCCGUGCCGUCCGGGCCGAUGGCCGACAAGCUCGGCCGGAAGAGAACGCUCCUUCUGCUGGCGGCUCCGUUUCUCGUGGCCUGGGUGAUCAUCGUAUUCGCCUCCAAACUGUGGCUGAUCUACCUGGCCAGAUUUGUGAUCGGCGCCGCCGUCGGGGCGGCCUGCGUCGUCGUGCCGACUUACAUUUCCGAAAUUGCGGAGACUUCAACUCGGGGCUCCCUCGGCGCCAUGUUUCAGCUGUUCAUCACGGUCGGGAUCUUGCUGGCCUUCGUACUCGGUGCCGUGAUGAACUACACGGCGUUCGCGAUAGUCUGCGGCCUCAUAGUGGUCGGCUUCAUCUUUUGUUUUGUGUGGAUGCCGGAGUCGCCUGUUUGGCUGGUGAACCAAGGGCGGAAACCGGAAGCCGCAGUAGCGAUGUCAGUCCUCCGAGGAGACUCUUAUGAUCCGUCGGAGGAACUCGCGGAAGCGCAGCGAGAAGCUGAGCAGGCAGCGUUGAGAAAAUCGACAAUACUCGAUCUUAUACGAAGCCCGGUAUCCAGAAGAGCUUUGCUCGCCUCGUUGGGCGGCAUGUUCUUUCAACAAUUAUCCGGCAUAAACGCGGUGAUUUUCUAUACCGUCACCAUCUUCCAGGCAUCCGGGAGCUCGAUGUCGCCUGAAGUCGCCUCUAUAAUUGUGGCAAUUGUUCAGAUGAUUACGACAGGCGUAGCAGCGCUGAUCGUGGAUCGCGCCGGAAGGAAGCCGCUGCUAAUAUUUUCCUCGAGUGUUAUGCUAGUCAGUCUCGUGGCCCUCGGUUCGUAUUUUAAUAUUAAGACGAGCGGAAGUGAUGUCAGUAAUCUCGGCUGGCUACCGCUCACAUCCCUGACGUUAUUCAUGAUUUCCUUCUCCAUCGGGAUGGGCCCGAUACCGUGGAUGCUGAUGGCCGAACUGUUCCCCGCGGAGACGAAGGCGGUUGCCUCCGGUAUCGCCGUGAUGCUGAACUGGUUCCUGGUGUUCCUCGUGACGAAGACCUUCCCGGCGAUGAACGAGGGCUUGGGCGCGGACGUAACUUUCUGGAUCUUCGCCGCGAUCAUGGCGGCCGGCACCGCGUUUACGUACUUUUUCAUACCGGAAACCAAGGGGAAAACCUCUCAGGAGAUUCAGGAUGAGUUGCAGGGCAAUGCGCGAUCGAAGAGGACGAAUGCCUAAAUUGUAUCGAGUUUUAGCAUUGCUAAACUUGCUUCUAGCGCGACUGUUGUUUCGAAAACGAUAUUUACCUGAGUAAAAUAAUUAAUUAAAUCUUUGAUUAUUAUCGAGUUAAGUUGCAAGAAGACCUUGGUACAACAAAGUAUGAGGAGACACACGGAAUAAAACUUUUUCAACAGCAUCAAGAAAUGAGCUGCUAAGAAAGUGAAAGUCUUAUAAAUGAUUUAUUAUCUUACGCGUAAAUUAUCCCACAUUCGAACGUAUCAUUCUAAAGGACCCGGCGUUAAUCAAAUUAAUUUCGAUAAAAUUGGCUGAAACUGUGAUAUUCUGUAGAUUAUGAGAUGCUAAUCAAGAGUUUCCAUGGGUGAAACAAUAAAAAAUAAAUUUUGCUGCAUCAUUUGAAAGUUGCUAUUUUAAAUCUCAUCGGUCUGAAAAGUACUUUUUUCUCUACACAAUUUGUUCUUUAACUAUAUUUAUAUGUAUAUAUAAUUAUAUACUUAUGUUUUUUAUGGUUUAAUUUCCAUACAUGUUUCCAUUUCUUAUUGAGUAGGCUCAUAUCUCUGUCUAUGUGUGUGUGCGCGCGCAAAGAAUGAUAUAAAUGUAUAUGUAUCGGUAUGUGUGUCAUGAAUUUUUUAUUGUAAUUUGUAUGGUUUUUUUACUUACGAAAAAUAACCCGUCACGUCCAUCUACCAACCGUGCCGCGUACUGCUCGCGAGUAAACGAGUUUAUUACGUCGCGCGCGAGAACCGUAUCUUAUAUAUCGUAUUUUCUACGACUUUAGACAAAAAUAGCUUGCGACUAAAUAUAAUAGUUUCUGUUACGUACAGCGCAGACAGAGUAGCGAUCUGAGCAUUAAUAAAUAACUCCUAUUAUUUUAUAAAGUUAAUGUUAUAAGGAAAAUAGUGGAUUAUUUAAACCUAUUGCAAAAUAAAGUGGUGAUUAAGAACUUUGAAGUAAGUGCGUUGGACAUAUUAAUGGAAUAGCUAGAACUUCCGUCAGUGCUUCUAUCCAAAAAUACAAAAGAUAAAGUAUAUAAAUAAUAUUUCCUGUGUAUUUUUACCACGCAUGUACAGUCACAUACACACAUGUAUGCAUAUAGUUUUAGAUGUAAUAAUGUUAGAAAUACUAAUGGAAUUGUCAUCGACACAGAUACACACGUACACGGAUACAUAUACAUGCCAUACCACCCUCUCCUCCCCCGCGCUCAAACAAAGAGAAAGAGAGAGAUUUACUUAAUAACUAACACAUGUAUGAUUAUUAUAUAAAUGCCUAUACAGUUAAAGAAAAUAAGACUAUGUACUUUUAUAAAGGUACUUUUCAGACCGAUGAGACUCAAAAAUAGCAACUUUCAAAUGCUACAGCAAAAUCUAUCCAUUUUUGAUGGUUUUAUCUAAAAUUUUUUAUCAGUAUCUCAUAAUCUUCAAAAUAUCACAGUUUCAACCAAUUUAACCGAAGCCAAUUUGUCACUUUUCCUAUAUAAUUAGUGCGGAAUUUUUUAUGAUAUAUAAUUUUUGUUCACACAGGUUCAUCGGUGUGCACGACGCGCGAAAUUUUCAUCAGUUGCGUAUAUUUGUUAAUUAUUGUUUAAAUACAUGUGCAUUAUCAUAUAAAAAAACAAUAAAGAGCAAUACUUUAAUAUCAA